AUGCAGAGGUUCUUGGGGCCAAGCGACACCAGCGGAACAAGCAGCAAGCGCAAGGGUUGUGGUAUCCGCCCUCUGUCCAGGGGGUACUACCACAUUUUCAAGGCCUACCACGACCUCUCCCGCCGCGGGUCCCCGAUCAGCAACGCGAUAGCUUGGGCAGCCACGGUGGGGAAGGAGGCUGCAGAUGAGGAGCGCGAUGUCACCGGCGCCCAAGCGGGCCUGUUCGCUGGUGCGGUCGCGUGCGCCAUCGCGAUGGUGUGGGAGACCAGCAACGGUCUCGAACUCGAGGCUAUCGCUAAUGCUGGAUACUCCACGGCGCAGCUUGCUGGCACGCCUGAAGAAACGGCCUGCGGUUACGCCACGAUCGUGACUGCGGUUUUCAAGUGGGCCAGGAAGGAGAAUGAUCGCAAGCAAGCCCCUGAGGUCACACCGAAGCAGAUUGCGGAGAAGAUUGAGACCGCGGUCGUGAACCGUCUUGGUGUGCGACUUGGAGACCCCACUUUAGUCGCUAUGGUCACGCACGAGGCAGUAGACGUGCUGAUGACCUGGUGCGACUGCAAGAUCGCGGCCAAGGUGAUGGAGGCCAACGGGCUCUACCUCUCUUUGCCGGAGAAGCGGCUGUUUGCGAAGAAGUGGUCCGCCUGA